CCGCAAAGAUUCUCGUAGUUUAGCAACUGAUGCAAUUGUUUUUGGGCUCUCAUACGAUUGUGACACAUCUCUUCUUCGCCGACCUUGUGAGCGGGGGCGCUUGUUGCUAACUGUUAUUCCAGUUGUCUCUCCUCCUUGCAUUCCGGGGCUUGUGAACCCAACAGAUUGUCAAGCAUCAUGGGUUGUGAACACGAGGAAGAGGCUUCAGUUGAGGAGGAGGUGGUCGAGGCUAUGGAUCCAAAGCCCGAGAUUGAGGACUCGUGUAAGCCUAGAUGUGUGAAGCAACUUAUAUCUUAUGAGGCAUGCGUGAAGCGCAUUGAGGAGGAUGAGAAUGGUCAAAAGCAUUGCACUGGCCAGUAUUUCGACUAUUGGGGCUGCAUUGAUCAAUGUGCCGCACCAAAGCUCUUCCGCAAGAUAGUAUGAGAAUGGCUCAUUAGUGUCAUAGUUUCUGUGUAAAUCUGCUGAAGAGAUGCUGUAGACAACCCAUUUGUGAUCAGGCUUAUUGCACAUUAUGAACGCACACACAUUUACAGAUCUACAGUGCUCACUUGCUCAUACUGUGGAGGUGUUGGACUAAACAUCUUCCUUCUUUCUAAAUGUUUUUCUGUUCUUGCCGGAAGAACAGGACAAACUUAAUAUAUUGCUGGAAUUAUAGCCCUAAA